CAUUCAUUCGUUGGUGCAUUUUUCUUCUGUAAUCAGCCUACUAAAAUUUGACCACAGACUUAUGUGUGCAUGGAGACUACAGCACACACCCAUACUUCAGAAUCUUUCACUAUCUACGCCUGGUUCUAAACCACUCGUUGAAUGACAUCAUCACAAAAGCCGUUAAGCACUGCCAAAUAUAGAACACAAAAUGUCGACUUCUUCACUGCGACCGGAACUCAAACAGUCCUAAAGCUUCCUCAUCAUAAAACCGUUUCGCUCACAUGAUAGCCUCGUCGGCAUCGACCACAACGCUCGGACUUUUGUUGUUCGUCUUCUUGCUGUUGGUCUUGUCAUCGUUGCUGUUAGCGGUGGUGGGGAUAAGAGUUUAUGAUAAAUAUAGAGCACCCCUCCCUCGCAUCUUGUUGAUUCUGAGUGCUCACGAAGAUCUCCACAUCAAGCUAGGAGGUGAUAAAACGACGAGGAAGAAGAAUGAUGCAAUGUUUGGUGAUAGUCCAGCUUGGUUGGCUUGUUGCCGUUGGAGUCACCUCCUGCGAUGUUGACCAGCAACGAGACGCAGUCAAGGCUAUGAAGACCCGGAUGGAGUUCAUGACCAUCAGUGGAGACAGACCCUCGCCUGAUGAGCUCAUCAAUCUUUGCAGAGAAUUAAUGAGUGCAGAAGGUCUAUUCACCGGCAAAUGUAGGGCCGACAGACAGAAAAACAUCCCAGAAGCCAAAGAUGUGAAGAAAAAGCUGACAGAUCUCUGUCAUAAAGAAUGCGAGGAGUUUCUAAACUUAAAGGAUUGCAUCAGUAGAGUCCACUCAAAGGACAGCACAGCAAAAUACUGUAGUCAUUAUUCACAGAUACUCAAGGACUGCGUGGCCAAAGUAAGGUGCGAGGAGUUGAGAGAGUCCCUGUUUCUAGCCAUCUUGCCAAGCUCCUUCAAGGAGAAGUUGUACGAGGAGGGCUGCGUGCCUCGUCCAGUUGCAGUCACCACCGAAGUAGUCUCUGGUGCCACCAGCGGGUCGACAACCUUUGACCUGCCGGCUGUGCCCGGCGUGACGUCACAAAACGGUGCUACAAUAGAAUGGGCCACAGCAAGUCCGUUGACUGCACCGUCCAGUUCAUCUUCUGGUCCACCCAUCACGGCCCCGUCAGAUACGUCCACUGGUCCACCCAGCACGGUUCUGUCAGAUACGUCCACUGGUCCAUCCAGCACGGCCACGUCAGAUACGUCCACUGGUCCAUCCAGCACGGCCACGUCAGAUACGUCCACUGGUCCAUCCAGCACGGCCACGUCAGAUACGUCCACUGGUCCAUCCAGCACGGCCACGUCAGAUACGUCCACUGGUCCAUCCAGCACGGUUCUGUCAGAUGCGUCCACUGGUCCACCCAGCACGGCCCCGUCAGAUACGUCCACUGGUCCAUUCAGCACGGCCCGUCAGAUACGUCCACUGGUCCAUUCAGCACGGCCCCGUCAGAUACGUCCAUUGGUCCAUUUAGCACGGCCCCGUCAGAUACGUCCACUGGUCCACCCAGCACGGCCCUGUCAGAUACGUCCACUGGUCCAUUCAGCACGGCCCCGUCAGAUACGUCCACUGGUCCAUUCAGCACGGCCCUGUCAGAUACGUCCACUGGUCCACCCAGCACGGCCCUGUCAGAUACGUCCACUGGUCCAUUCAGCACGGCCCCGUCAGAUACGUCCACUGGUCCAUCCAGCACGGCCCCGUCAGAUACGUCCACUGGUCCAUUCAGCACGGCCCCGUCAGAUACGUCCAUUGGUCCAUUCAGCACGGCCCGUCAGAUACGUCCACUGGUCCAUUCAGCACGGCCCCGUCAGAUACGUCCACUGGUCCAUUCAGCACGGCCCCGUCAGAUACGUCCAUUGGUCCAUUCAGCACGGCCCCGUCAGAUACGUCCACUGGUCCAUUCAGCACGGCCCCGUCAGAUACGUCCACUGGUCCAUUCAGCACGGCCCCGUCAGAUACGUCCAUUGGUCCAUUCAGCACGGCCAUGUCUUCUGCUGACCCCGGCCUGUGUAACCUGGCCAGAGCAAGGAGCUGUGUGGGACAGUUACAGGAGACAGUGGACUUGGCCUCCAGGGACCAGGACACACUCGUGUCAGUCUGCAUUGCCAGCGUGAAAGGCGACCUGCUAUUGGAGUGUUUUAACAACCAAACUGCAGGCUGCGGUGUCAACAACCGAGAGCUGGUGGUUGCGAGGGAAAUGUUGGACAAAGUCAACAACGACGCCAGAAUUACCUGUGAAA